AUGUUCGUCUCGCAGUUUGACGGCAGCGAUCCGGUGGCUGCGGUAAGGGCCCGGUGCCGCCUGGACGAGGAGUACGUCAGGGAUCGCAUAGGCGGCCUCAUAUCCAACGGACUGGCGGACUCUGACACGGCGCUCAGCGAGCUCGGAAGGAGCUCGCUGCGGGUGGUCCUCGCAGGCGGCGUAUUUGACAUAAUCCACCCGGGGCACAUACACACAUUGAGGGCGGCAAGAAACCUCGGCGACGUGCUCGUGGUGGUGGUGGCCACAUCAGGCACCGCCAAGAAGAUGAAGAAGCGGAUGCCCCUGCACAGCCAGGACCAGAGAAGGGACCUGGUGGGGGCGCUCUCGACUGUGGACCUGUGCCUGGUGGGAGAGGAGGGCGACAUCUUUCGGACGGUGGAACGCGUAAGGCCCGAGGUCAUCGCCCUGGGGUAUGACCAGAUCCACCAGGAAAAGUUCAUCACCGACGGGUGCCGGAGGAUCGGCCUUGACGUCAAGGUCGCAAGGCUGCAGUCGCCGGUGCCGGAGAUCUCAAGCUCCAGGAUAGAGCAGGAGUACGGCGACUCGAUACACGGCAUCUGA